AUGCUGAAGCGUUGGAAUAAUGAAAAACGUGUAAAUUUUUUUGUGCAUGAUGGCGAUGUCAAAAUUGUUUCUACAAUCAAAAAUACGUUCAAAGGUAUCAGAGAAUACAGAGAUCCUGGACAUUUUCUUAACAAUAUACAGAAAAAGCUCAAACUGCCAGAAUUCAGAAUCUUAUCUAGCAUUUCAAAGAAUUUAUUGCGUUGGCUUAGGCAACUUCUCAAUGACACACAUAUGUCAAUUAAAACAAAGAAGUUUUUAUGGUUGAAUUCCGCUAAACAUUAUGCCGGAAAUCAUAAAUUUUGUCCAGAUCCUGAAAAAUGCAAGAUGAUUAAACCAUGGAAAUAUGCAAAAAAUAAAACUGCUAUAAAAACACUUAAAAAAUUCCUCGAAGAUACCGUAAAAAUCUUUGAUAUGGUAAAAAAGAUUCAUUCAACUCAAGUAGUUGAAUCGAUAAACCAUAUCAAAGCAAUGCUUGCUAAUAAAAAUAUUAAUUGGCAUGCUUCUUGGCCAAUUAGGAUGGCAGUCACAAUAUUGCAUUUCAAUGAAAGUAUGUUUGAAACGAUUGUAGCAAUAAGAUACAGGUUAAAUUUACCAACAAUGCCAGAAAUGAUGAACAGAUAUUUCAGAAUGUAUGAUACAACAAAAGAUUUAAUCAAAGCAUUCAAAAAUUCAAAGCAAGUUCAAAAAAAGUUUGCGGCAUUAAGAGCUAUAAAGAGAGGUCUUCAAGCUACUGAUGAUCGUAUUACUCUUAAAUCACAUAAAUAA